AAAUGACCGUGGUCUGCACCGUAAUAUGUUUUCGCUCGGUCUUCCUACCGAGUUAGCAAUGUAGGAAGUUCUAUAUAUAUAUGUAUGCGAUUCGAACAUUCUGGACCGUCCCGGGUGGGGAGUCGGGAACGUGGGAGAACGCUAGAAAAAAAGAUGUCCGAAACGACUUGACAACACUGCACUUGGACUGUACUGUCAACACUGUCCGAAACAAAGAAUAGCCGGUUGGUUGCGUCAGUCGCGUGGUGUUCGUCCUGAAUUUCUUUCGUUCCUCGAUCGAGUCGGGCUGAAAGUUGGCCGGAUAUGGCGAAAAAGUAUAUGUCGGACUCUCAGGAGUCUACCUUGAUAGACGACGAGGCCAUCCAGCAUAUAAGGGACAGUUUCGCCGGUGACCUGCCGUUCUCAGAACUUGAUAUUCCCGAGGACAAAUUCGUCAAGUCCGCAGACUCGGUGGGAAAAAAGCAGCUAAAGAGAUACUAUGAAGAGGAGAUGCCUCAAUUUGAACUGUAUUCAUCUCCAUACAACGAUGAUAUGGUUCACUCGUGGAACUUACAGUAUACCUUCGGAGAAGGUGGUGCUCAGGAUUGGGUGUACUCUGAAGCAUUGAAAAAGCUGUUCAUCAAAAUGGAAAAGGUACUACCUUUACGAUUUUCAUGGGAACCUCACUCGACCACAUCGAAUUUAUUCUUACGGACAAGAUUGACUUUUGUUCUGGACGAACAUAAAAGCGACCCGGUAAGACGCUGCUUGAACCAUUCAGACUCGUCGGUUUACGUUAACCAAUCCAUGGAGUCUGAGAGAAUCAAACACGUAGUCCAUUGCGUUAAUCAUGCUUGCUUCUACCGAGAAGAAAAAGAUCAUCUUUCGGUUGUAACGCCACUUUGUGCACCCGAGUCUGGCUCGCAAUACGUGCCGAUGUGCUUCAAGUUCUUUUGCAAAAAUAGCUGCCCGUCGGGCAUAAAUCGUAGAGGAACAGAGCUGGUAUUUACUUUAGAGAAUGAAAUUGGCCAAAUUUUGGCGAGUCAGACACUAUUGAUUAGAAUAUGUAGUUGUCCCAAGCGAGACAAACAAAAAGAAGAAGAUUUAAAGGAGGUGCCUGCCAAACGGCAGCUUGUUUUAACGCAGAACAAAAAGAUGUGUACCGACAAACAUGUUUAUAAAAUCGAGCUAAAUGUCGUCGGCAAAGAGAAUUCUUUAGCAGUUUACAAGUAUGCGUACGAUGUUAUGGCCGGUCAAGCGGCGAAAACUGGUCAACAUGAAUUUUAUAAGCCGUACAUGGAUGACAUAUUGCACAAAAUUCCUUAAAGCGCCUAUGAUUCCAAGUUUCAAGUUUUCUUUUUACAGUGUUUUUAUUUUACGAUAAAAAUAGAUUAUAUACUUUUUAUAACAUGUUUUUACCAAUUAGUUUUUUUAUCUUGUCUGCAUGUUAUGUGAUUUUAUUACAGUUUGCUUACUAGAUAGUGAUAAUGCGUUUAUAAGCAGCAUUUUUAUUUUUAUUAAUAGCUGCUUUUUGUCAAUUAAAGAGUGUUGAAUAUGAACUAUUUAAUCGGUUAGGACAAAAAGGACAUGUGAGACAAAAUCACAUACAUAUGUAAGAACAUUUUUUAUGAGCUAUAUGAAUUUUUAAAUAGCUUUUAUACUUUGUUCUAGGAACCUCUGAAAGUUUAAAAAAAAAUUUUUAACAGAUUCGCCUGUCCAUGUCAUGUAAUGGCUGUCAGAUGGCUCUGUUAAACAAGAUAGAUUCGUUACUUUAUGUAAAUCAGUGCACGACAAUGCUAAACAGCACAAACACUGAUAGCUCAGUUUCGGUCAAAAUGUCACAUCUCCUUACCGGUUUAAGUGUAUUAUUAAUUAAGCCAACGUCUAUAUAUAUCUUUUGUGAUAUACUGCAUGUUCGAAAAUACAUUAAUUACAGUAUUUUAACGAAAGUCUUAAGGAACAAACGAGGAAACCAUGCAUAAGCAUCCUUUCUCUCUCUUCCAAUUUUGAUGAUUACAAUAUUGAAUGUUGCAAUAUAGAGCAAAAUAAGAAGUACGUACUUUGGCUCUACAAUACUUUUCGUGUUAAGAAACGCGCUCUUGACAGACAUCGACUUUUGUGUUUUGUAUGUUCCUCUGUAAGCAGCAUUUUUGCAAUACGUAUAAGAUAAUUAUUUUAUAUCUUAACCAAUAAGUUCAUUAGUUUUUCAAAAACUAGAUUUUCUCGUUAUACGUUAUACGCUACAUGAUGUUACUCGUUAUAUGUUUAUGAAUUAAGAUUUUAAAUAAAUAACUGUACCUCUUAAA